CCCCCCCCCCCCCCCUCGCACUCUUGCGUCAAAUCUCACCUCCAUUUCUCGGACUUGACUUACGCAAACCUUCGUCAAAAUGGCCACCAAGGAACUUCCCCACUUGUCCAUUGUCAUCUGUGGACACGUCGACUCUGGAAAGUCGACCACUACCGGUCGUCUUCUCUUCGAGCUCGGCGGUAUCCCCGAGCGUGAGAUGGAGAAGCUCCGUCAGGAGGCCGAACACCUCGGGAAGUCUUCGUUCGCUUUCGCUUUCUACAUGGACCGUCAGAAGGAGGAGCGUGCUCGUGGUGUGACCAUUGCUUGCACCACCAAGGAGUUCUUCACCACCAACUACCACUACACCAUCAUCGAUGCCCCCGGACACAGAGAUUUCAUCAAGAACAUGAUCUCUGGUGCCGCCCAGGCUGAUGUCGGUCUCCUCAUGGUCCCGGCCGAUGGUAACUUCACCACCGCCAUCCAGAAGGGUGACCACAAGGCUGGUGAAAUUCAAGGCCAGACUCGCCAGCACGCUCGUCUCCUCAACUUGUUGGGAGUCAAGCAGCUCGUCAUUGGUGUGAACAAGAUGGACUCUGACCCCGCUGGUCCUUACAAGAAGGAACGUUACGACGAAAUCGCCAACGAGAUGCGCAACAUGUUGAUCCGCACUGGCUGGAAGAAGGACUUCGUCAUGGGCAACGUCCCUGUCAUCCCCAUUUCCGGCUGGCAAGGAGACAACUUGUUGAAGAAGUCUGCCAACAUGAGCUGGUACUCUGGCCAAGAAGUUGCCACUCAGUCCGGCAAGAAGGUCAAGGUGCACACUCUCCUCGACGCUCUCAACGACUUCGCCGAGAUGCCCGAGCGCAAGAACGAUGCUCCCAUGCGCGUUCCCAUCUCCGGUAUCUACAAGAUCAAGGGUGUCGGUGAUGUCCUCGCCGGACGUGUCGAGCAAGGUGCCGUCCUUCCCAACAAGGAUGUCAUUUUCGUUCCUACCCACACCACCGCCAACGCUUGCGCUGGAAAGGUGUUCACCGUCGAGAUGCACCACAAGAAGGUCGAGAAGGGUCAGGCCGGAGACAACAUCGGUAUGAACAUCAAGGGUCUUGACAAGAACAACAUGCCCCGCGCCGGUGACAUUAUGAUCUACAAGGAGGACAAGUCCUUGAAGCCCGUCAAGUCCUUCGUCGCCCAGAUCCAGACUCUUGACAUCCCUGGUGAAGUCAAGCCUGGAUACUCUCCCAUCGGUUUCGUCCGAUGUGGUCGUUCCGCUUGCCGUUUGAAGGCUAUCAACUGGAAGAUGGGCAAGGAGACCGGUAUGAAGAAGCUCGAGGGUGCCCACUCUCUCAAGGCCAACGAAGCCGCUGAGGUCGUCAUGGAGCCCAUCCAGCCCCUCGUUGUCGACUCCUUCAAGAACUGCGAGGGUCUCUCUCGUAUCGCUUUCCUCGACGGUAACUCCGCUGUCAUGCUUGGCAAGGUCGGAAUAAGCGAUUGGUUUUUGCGCCGACCACCGUGA